GCCUUUAAAUUUUGCGAGGGACGCGAUUCCGUCCUCUUUUCCUUCGAUCCCCAAACCCUAGCUCCUCACUGCUGUCACCUCCCUCUCCAGAUUUAGGGAUUUUUGAUCGAAGAACUGACGCUCAGCAGUUAAAGGCCAGUAGUCUGAUCUCAUCUUCUUCUUCUAAGGGUGUUCUACAUGAAUUGAUUUUGACGAGGGCAUGAUUACGGCCAUCAUUUGCAAUGAAGACUGAGCAGCAUCGUAAAAAAAUGCCAACAUCAUCUACAAAAGGGAAGGCAGUUAGAGGACUUAGCUGCACCAAAUCUGGGAUAUCCACUGAUAAAAUUUCCAAGCAGAGGUCGAAAAAAGCAGGUAAUAAAUUGCUUCCUCUUCAUGCUGAGCAGCAGGGACAAAAAACAACCAUCACUUCGGUUUGUAAGCAAAGCAGACUUGAUCACUCACCCAGUCAGUUGUUGCCUGCCACAGGUGAUCAAUUGAUCACAGAAAAUGGGGAAGAAUUGCAGUUUCCAACUCCACCUGUGUCAUCUGCAGCUUCAGCAUCUGUUCCAAGACCAUCCAUCUGCUUUCAAAAGUUUAAGCUCCAGCUGUUUCCAAUAGAUGAAGUUACACUUAGAGCUUUGGAGAUGGAGAAGCACAACCCUUACCUGGAGCUAACAAUAGGAACACGAAAGAAAAUUUCUUCUGUAGUAAAGCACCUUAAUGUCAAGUGGGGUACACCAACGAUGACAACAGGAGAGUUAAUGCUGUUUCCAUACUACACACAGACAGAAAAUCUUAUGGGUCAGAUGAGAUGGACUUUGAAGGACACUAAUACUAGUGCAAGUGAUGUGCAUGUUGCCAUAGGUAACCCUGCUAUUUUUCGGCUCAGAUAUGGAUGGUUCUCCAAUACCGAGCCCAGCAUAAGCAGCACGCCUUUGAUAUCUCCAUUUUCUGAAAGUAGUGUACAAAUUAAGGAAAAUGAGAUAAAGGAUUCUGUUAAAAUUGUUGAUCAUGAAAGACAUUUGUGUUGCAUAGCAAGUCAAGAGAAUGCUCCUGCACCUGCUGAAGAUUCACCAAAUGAAGAUGUAAGGAUGAGCAGUCAGUUGGAUAAAACUAUUCAGUCGCUGGAUAACCAGAGAACCGCCAACAGCCAAGUACUUCUGUGGGAUAUAUCUAACAUAAGCUUUGGAGCCUUAUUGUCUGAUGCUUCAAGAAAUGUAAAUAUUAGCCAGAUUAGCUGUGAUUCAUUUGAUGCUGCCUUUGACCGUUUCAAAGCAAAAGUUCAGCCAGCAUCUGUGCCUUCCAUACUGGAUGCUGAGGAAACAUGCAAUGCCUUUUCUUUUCGAAAGACCCCCUCCUCAACUGGAACAGAUCCAGCUCAAACUAAAGAUGCUCCUGCUGCAUCAUGCAUACAGAAUAUCUGGUCUAAUCCUUCGAGGUUUCAUGAUGCGGAUAAUGCUUGUAAACGAUCCCCACUAAGCCAGCAGCUUCAUACAACUGGUGAAGCUUGUUUGCAAUCAGGAGGUGAUUCACAAAAUCUCACACAGGAUGUUAUUGGUGACGGACACAAAUCACAGGCUUAUACACAAGCUUCUCAUGGUGAUACUAGCCAUACUGUGAAGUUGGACAUAUGCUGGCCUGAGUCCUUGGGUCCUUGGGAAUAUGCCACACCUGCCUCCAAACAGUUUGUUGGUGGCGAUAGCAUUGGCCUCGAUGGUCUGAUUGCGAGCAGUUUAGACUCAUUUCAGAACUUCUCCAUAUUUUAGAGCAUAUAAUAAGGUAAGGCAGUUGAUCAAGGGGUUGCUUACUUGCUCAUGCUUAUUGCACUCCUUGUCACGUACAUCGUCCAUUGAUCCAUGUCAUCUUUGAUCUCAUGAGCGGAUGACUGCGAUUUCUUCUUGUUUAGUUGUGGAGUUUAUGGAGGUCAUCAAUUAGUUAUCAAGUAUUUUUUUUAUUAAGUAACAUAUAUAAGAAAAAGGUUGUUUACAGUAUAUUUGCAUUUUCCCAGCAGUCCAAUAGAUUAUUUUGCAUUGGGAGUUAUAGGUCUUUGAUCAAGUUGCUGUCUUGUAAAAUUACUUUAGCAAAUUGAUCUAUGAAGAUAAUGUAACAAAUUACAAUAAUCUUUUACUUUGUUCCUAUUGCAAACAU